AUGAAACACGAAACUAAAGCUCCGAACGGUUUUGAAAACGUAACUCAUAUUCGAGGUACUCAGCUUAUUGGCAAUGAUAAAGAUCAUACUCCUUUUGCUUUAAUGGAAAAAAAAGGCCAACCUGAUAAAAUAUAUCGUAGAAUAGAUUGCACACUUGUAGUGACAAAAAAAAAUAUAUGUGAAAAUUGCACAAAAUUGCAAAAUACUAUAGGACAAAAUGAAAUAAUUGUUGGUCUAAAAGAGCGUCUAGAAGAAAAAAUUAAAAAAGAAGAAGUAGAAGUAUCAGAUAAUAUUGCAAAUAUUACACAUAUUGUUACUAAAGAUGUUAUUAAUAAAAAUAUAAAUUUUUCUACUCUUCAUCCUAUUUUUCAAGAACUCAUUCGCAUUCAAACUGGAAAACCAAAAGAUAUCAUCUAA